UACAAAGAAGUGUGGCGCAGCACACAAUAUACCAAUCAAGUUGGUGCUUCCCGUUCAGUAAGUCCACUGCAGACGUAAGCAGCCGCUUGGAGCAACGUUUGCAACAUUUUGAAUUUCUUUCAAUCAGUUACGGCAAACACCUGAAAAGAUACAGCCUUCCUGCUUUACAUUGGUUUCAGAUGGAAGACCCACUUCAGUUAAAAGAGAACGGCAAUGAAUGCUUUCAGAAGGAGGACUAUGACAAAGCGAUUGAAUACUACACAAAAGCUAUUCAACUGACCAAGGACAAGAAAGUCAUCGCUGUACUUUACAGAAACCGAGCAGCAAGCCAUUUGAAAAAGGAAAACUAUGUGCCAGCAGCGUCAGAUGCCUCAAGAGCUAUUGAUGUAGAUGCGUCAGACAUCAAAGCUCUCUACAGGCGUAGUCAGGCACUGGAGAAACUGGGGAAGCUUGAUCAAGCUUUCAAAGAUGUCCAGAGAUGUGCAACGAUGGAGCCCAAAAACAAGACGUUUCAAGAAACAUUGAGGCGCCUGAAUCAUGACAUCCAGGAUAAGUUAAAGAUUCAGUUCUCCACAGAUUCCAGGGUGGAACGGAUGUUUGAGGUCUUACUUGAUGAAGACAUUGACAAAGAAAGGAAGGAAAAGGCUGCAAAUAACUUGAUUGUACUGUCGAGAGAAGAUGCAGGAGCUGAACGGAUUUUCCAAAACAAUGGUCUUAAUCUGCUGAUGCAAUUGAUUGAAACCAAAAAACCAGAGAUGAUGAUUUCUGCUAUAAGAACACUUUCAGGCAUGUGCAGUCGCCACAAGUCACGGGCGAUUGCUGUAUUGCAUUUUGUAGGCUUGGACAAAAUUUGUAGUCUCAUGGCCCUGGACAAUGAAGAGAUUGCAUUGGCAGUGUCGAGUCUCUUCCAAACAAUCCUUGAUAACUUUGAAGGAGUAGAUAGUAAGGAACAUCGUGGGAAGGAUGAAGCUCUGGUGCUGGAUACCUCUAAGGAUGUGAAGAUGAUCAUCACACAUCUUCUAGAAAUGCUGACUCACAAACAUGUCUCAGGACAUGGACGGGAUCAAGCGCUUAAUCUGCUGAUCAGAAAUGUACCUCGAAAGGACCUGGGUAUUAAAGACAACACCAAAAGCUUGGAUACGAUUGAUAUUGGCUUGAAGAAGAUCUUGAAAGUAGGAGGACAGAUCCCCGAACUGCCCAACUGCUUGCCACUGACUGAGAACACCUGCCUCACUGCUUCCAUCUUACUCAACAAUCUUUACAAUGAUCUUCGAGGUGAUGAGGAAAGAGCAACUUUUCGAAAAAUCUGCGAGGGAUAUAUAACGAGCAAGUUUGAUCCUCAUAACAUGGAAAAGAACCUGCACGCGAUCCAGUGCGUGUCCGCACUCCUCCAGGGACCCUUUGAUGUUGGAAACAGCAUUCUGGCCCUGCAAGGCGUCAUGGAGAUGAUGGUUGCAUUGUGUGGUUCAGAGAGGGAGAUUGACCAGUUGGUGGCAAUAGAGGCCAUCAUCCAUGCAGCAAGCAAAGCGAGCAGAGCAAAUUUCAUCAUUUCUAAUGGAAUCACUUUACUGAAGGACAUAUAUAAGAAGUCAACAAUUGAAAAGAUCAAAAUCAGAGCGCUGGUGGGUCUCUGCAAGCUUGGAUCAGCAGGAGGGACUGACUACGGUCUGAGGCAGUUCUCUGAGGGAUCCACUGAGAAACUUGCAAAACAGUGCAGAAAGUGGCUGUGCAACCAAAAUAUUGAUAUUCGCACGAGAAAGUGGGCGAUCGAAGGCAUGGCGUACCUGACAUUGGAUGCAGAUGUGAAGGAUGAUUUCGUAGAGGAUGAGCCAGCAAUGCAGGCAAUGUUUGAGUUGUCAAAGUCCGCUGACAAGACAAUCCUUUAUGCAGUCGCUUCGAUCCUGGUGAACUGCACAAACAGUUAUGAUGUAAAAGAGAAAAUUCCAGAGCUGGUUGAGUUGGCGAAGUUGUCAAAACAGCAUGUGCCUGAAGACCAUCCAAAGGAUAAAAAAGACUUUGUGAUGCUGCGUAUCAAACGUUUGAUCAAGGUUGGUGUUGUCUCAGCCCUUGCUGUUAUGCUGAAGGCAGAUAGUGCUAUUCUGACAGACCAGACCAAGGAGCUUAUGGCUAGGGUGUUCCUUGCUUUGGUUGAGGAUGUUAGAGAUCGUGGUAAGAUUGUGGCACAAGGUGGUGGAAAGACUUUACUGCCUCUUGCCAUACACGGCACUGACAUUGGUAAAACUAAGGCGUCCCACGCUCUUGCUAAGAUUGCUGCUGUCGCUGACCCAGAAAUAGCCUUCCCUGGCGAAAGGAUCUAUGAAGUUGUGAGGCCACUCGUCAGUUUGUUGAACACAGAGCUUGAUGGUCUACAAAACUAUGAAGCCCUAAUGAGUCUCACAAACCUUUCAGCAAAAAGUGAGAAGCUAAGGCAAAAAAUAAUCAAGGAGAAGGCGUUGCCUGAGAUUGAAUGUUACAUGUUUGAGGAACAUGACCAAAUUCGACAAGCAGCCACUGAGUGUAUGUGCAAUAUGGUCGUCUGCAAGGAAGUUCAAGAACGCUUUGUGGCUGAAGGAAAUGACCGAUUGAAGCUGCUGGUGCUGCUCUGUGGUGAAGAUGACGUAAAGGUCCAGCGGGCAGCUGCAGGAGCUGUUGCCAUGCUUACCGCGAGCCGGAAGGAGCUCUGCCACAAGAUGACAAGAGUGACUGCUCAGUGGCUGGAAAUUCUUCAGCGACUCUGUAUCCAUGACAACAUGGAAGUUCAACACCGAGGCCUGGUCAUUGCUUUUAACUUGAUGGAGGCGGACGUGGAAAUUGCCAAAAAGCUCAUUGAGAGUGAAUUGCUGGAAGUCCUGACUGUGAUUGGAAAACUGGAAAAUAAUGUAAAAAACCAAGACAUUAUCAACAUUGCUCGUGAAUGUUUGGUGAAAGCAAUGGAUUACUCUCUUAUUAAACCAACAUCCCAGUCUGGAAUAUAAAGAGGAGCCAGUGCAAAUGGCUUAGAUUACAAAAUUAGGCUACACUGUGAGGAAUUAUUGGCUAUUUACUCACAGCCUGUAUCACUCCAAACACCAACUAUUUUUUUAAACUAAUUGCCAUUUUGACAAUGUUACAUGGACGUUAGAAAGUAUUUGUCAGAUUUAUUUGAAAUAGUUGUUGACUUCAUUCUUGCAACAAACUUUUAACUGGAAGACAAGCAUCAAAAAUGAGUAAAUGUGCUGGUUUUAAUUUUACAUUUGCAUUUUUAGUGUUGAAUACUUUGAAUAUUAAGGACUGGAGCCUAAACGUUCCUUUAAGCAAGUAAAGAGGUUGCUGUUAAA